AUGGAGUCCUUUUCAAAUGGCCUGUUGGCUGAGCACGACUGGCAGCUAGAGCUACACGCGAAGGUACAGCUGCACAGUCAAAAGGUAGCGAACCGGAUCCAGAAGAACCGGCCAGCGGCGACCACCAGGCAGUACGAUUCCAGACAAAAAGAAUUCAUUGAUUUCUGCCUGAAAGAAGGCUUUCCCGACGGGCAAAUUGUUACUGAAAAGAAAUUGGUCUAUUUUCUAGAUCACUAUGUCAUUAACCGUCCGAUUCGACCAUCACGAUACUCCAGAAAUCGUAUGGAUAACCAGGGCUCAGCCGUUGUGCAGACUCUCGGACUACCAUCUGUAAAGGCUUAUGCCAGUGCCAUUGUUGAUCUUUGGAGAUUCCAGCAAUCGCUUGGUACGAAUCCCUACCCUAAUCCACGGGGUCAUCUAGUUGGAGCUAUGAUCAAAAACCACCAAUUCAAUGAGACUCAACGGAAGCGGACUCAAUUCACAGACCAAGGCUUCAAUACUUUACAGGAUGGCUACAUAGCAGAAAAUAUCAGAGUAAUCAUACGAUACUGCUGGGCAGGAUGGCUCUCUGAGCAAACAAGAGACCAGAAACCCUAG